GUCGACCCUGUUUCUGAUGUCGAAACAUCAAUUUCAAUGAAUCGUCGGAAUUAACGCGAAGCAAUUUUAGCAAGUCCCAUUGUAAUAAUAUCGAGUUUAAGGCAAGAAGGACCCGCCCUAACCCAGACCUUCAGCGAGAGCGAAAGUGGAUCACAUUAGAGCACACCUGGGCUAUACCGUUGAAAUGAUGUAAUUUUGGAUCAGCAUAUAAAAAUCGAUGGGUCCAUUCAAAAUGCAUCAGUUUCUCUAGAACAAGAUCAACACCAACUACAAUGGCUUUCAAAUUCGUCGUACUUACCACCCUAUUGGCCUAUGCCAACGCAGGUCUCAUCGCCGCUCCUGCAGUAGCAACCUACUCCGCAGCUCCAGCAGUUAGCAGCUCUUAUAUCCACCAAGCAUCCCCCGUAGCUGUCGCACAUGCUGCUCCCGUUGUAUCCACCUAUGCCGCCUCUCCUGUAGCCAUCCACGCCCCAGCUUACGGAGCCACUCACCAAAGCGUAGAACGUUCUCUUGGAGGUGCUCAAUCUGUCUCUCACUACUCCAAAGCCGUUGACAGCGCUUUCUCCAGCGUCAGGAAAUACGACACACGUAUCACCAACGAUGCCCUUUCUGUAGCUCACGCUCCAGUUGUUUCUGCUUACUCUGCUGCUCCAGUCUAUACUAAAGCUGUUGCUCCCGCAGUUGCAUACUCUGCUGCCCCAUCGUUCAGCUCCUCAUACAUCCAGAAGGCUGCCCCUCUUGCCUACGCUUCAUAUGCCCACGCUGCUCCUGUAGCUACCUAUGCCCACGCUGCUCCUGUAGCUACCUAUGCUGCCCAUGCUGCUCCUGUAGCCGCUUAUGCUGCCCAUGCUGCCCCUGUAGCUUCCUACUCUGCUGGUCCAGUCGUAACUAAAGCUGCCGUAGCUUACUCUCCAGCUGCUGUUGUUUCUCACAUGUCCUUCAGCGGGCUUGGAGCUGCUUACCAAUGGUAAUUCGACGAAUUUUGCCAUACCUAUAUGUAAAUAUUCACAAUCAUGUUAUUUAUUUAUUGAUUUCAAAUAAAUGAU